UUGCUCCCCCUACAAAUACUCCCAACUUUAUCUUUUUGUUCGUCAAUGUCUCUCCCCUUCCUUCCGUGCCACCGUAGUGGCAGUGUAUAUGUGUAUAUAUAAUUAGUUACUAGUACUCCGUAAAUGAUAUAUUAUUAUUUUUAAUAAUAAAACUCAUCGCCACAGACACAGAUCUCAACUGGUGUCGUAUCUCGAAAAGUAAGUGGUGUUUAUGUUAUCGAUCGUAGAGGAGGAAUAGGAAUCGAGGAGGAUGAGCGGAGGAGGAAUAUGGAGAUGGAAGAAGAUUAGGGAAAUGGCAGAGGUGUGUAAAUGGAAGAGUGGGACCACCACCUUGGUCAAUUGGGUGCACGUGGGCCCACCUAAUUCCUAUCCUCCUGGUCGCAGGAGGAUGGAUUCGCAGCAGCUCAUCGGAGUGCAAGAGAGGAGGUACAAGUGGGAUCAGGUGGGUGGUGGUGGUGGUGGUUCCGAUGAGUUCCAGAACACCCGCAGAAUUAGGGCCGAAGCCAACUGCCCUCGUUGUUCUAAGCACAUGGAUCUCCUCUUCUCCAAUUCCAAUCGUCAUCGCCAUCUUCCUCCAUCGACUACCACUUCCAAUCACAUGUUGGUUGAUGAUGAUGAUGAUAAUAAUAACAAUGGUAAGCACAAGCACAGCAACAACAACAGCCACCACAACGACUACCAGGCCGUCAAUCUCUGUCCCAAUUGUAGGACCGCUUACUACUUCCGUCCAAACAAGAUAGCCCCUCUUCAGGGCAGCUUCGUGGAGAUUGGGAGGAGGCUCAACAAACCCUACAAGGAUUCUGACUACAGUAGCAACAAGAAACUUCAUCAUCAUCAAGAUUACACCAACAACAACAACAGGCUUAGGCUCUCGUUUUGGGAAACACUCAGGUCCUCUUCGCCCCCCUAUGGCCUUGCCGACCCUCCAGAUAAUUGGCCUCCUCCUCCUCCUCCUCCUUCUGGGAAUGGCCUUGCCGUACACACCCCACCGGGUCCCCCUUUUGCACCCGGUGUCAACGUGGUUCGCGCAGCUGUUCCCAAUGGUGGCAAUGGCAAUGGCAAUGGCAAUGGUGGUUCAUCUGGAGAGAAGAAGAAUGGGUGGGGUGGGUCCAACUUGGGUAAGGACUUGCCAACGCCAAAGGAGAUCUGCAAGGGGCUUGACAAGUUCGUCAUUGGUCAGGAACGUGCCAAAAAGGUACUUUCAGUGGCUGUUUAUAAUCACUACAAAAGGAUAUAUCAUGCUUCCUUGAAGAAAGGGUCAGGAGCAGAAUCAGGUAUAUCUGGGGCACAAGAUGAUGAUGAUAAUGUGGAGUUGGAAAAGAGCAAUGUACUGUUGAUGGGCCCAACUGGAUCAGGGAAGACAUUACUAGCAAAAACAUUAGCUCGUUUUGUGAACGUUCCCUUUGUCAUUGCCGAUGCUACGACUUUAACACAGGCUGGUUAUGUUGGAGAAGAUGUUGAAUCAAUAUUGUAUAAACUGCUUGUGGUUGCUGAGUUCAAUGUACAAGCAGCUCAACAGGGGAUGGUUUACAUUGAUGAAGUUGAUAAGAUAACCAAGAAGGCUGAGAGCUUAAACAUCAGCAGAGAUGUGUCUGGCGAGGGUGUUCAGCAGGCUUUACUGAAAAUGCUGGAAGGAACUAUAGUGAACGUUCCUGAAAAGGGAGCUAGGAAACAUCCUCGCGGUGAUAACAUUCAGAUAGAUACAAAAGAUAUUCUAUUUAUCUGUGGUGGAGCAUUUGUUGAUUUGGAGAAAACCAUUUCAGAGAGACGGCAGGAUUCUUCAAUUGGUUUUGGAGCACCUGUUCGUGCCAACAUGAGAACUGGUGGAUUAACUAAUGCUGUAGUGACUUCAAACUUAUUGGAAUCUGUAGAGAGUAGUGAUCUUAUUGCAUAUGGGCUCAUACCAGAGUUUAUUGGACGCUUCCCAAUUUUAGUUAGUUUGUCAGCUCUAACUGAGGAUCAACUUGUUCAGGUCCUCACAGAACCAAAAAAUGCUCUUGGCAAGCAGUACAAAAAAUUAUUUAGGAUGAACAAUGUGAAGCUGCAUUUUACUGAUAAAGCAUCGAGAUUGAUUGCAAAGAAAGCAAUGGCUAAGAAUACUGGUGCUAGGGGUUUAAGAGCCAUAUUGGAAAGCAUUCUAACUGAAUCUAUGUAUGAGAUCCCAGAUGUAAAGACAGGAAAUGAUAGAGUAGAUGCUGUUGUGGUUGAUGAGGAUUCGGUGGGUUCAGUAAUUGCUGCAGGAUGUGGAGGAAAAGUACUUUAUGGAGAUGGUGCAUUGGAACGUUAUCUUGCAGAGACCAAGUUGAGAGACCGAGUGGACAAUGGUGACACAGCUGACGGAGCGUUGCAGGAUGGUGAAUCAGAUAUCUCAUCAAGAGCGAUGAGCAUGUAACAUUUUUACUACCACAGUUAUUUUACUGUGUAGAAGAAUGUCACUUUUUUCAUUUGUAUUUUAAAAUCACAUUCAUACGCUUGGUGUAAUUAUGUACCGCAUUGUAGAACAGCAUAGCUUCUGGUUCAUUUUUAAUAGCAGAAAAGUAAAUGAGAAAAGAAAAUGUAGCAUUCUUUACAAUAAGCACAUUUUGCAAAAUGUUCCUUGCAAUAAAGGCAGGCGUCAAUUUACACGAAUA